AUGUCGUUCGAUCUCUUGGGCUUUAUUCUGGUAUCAAUAUUGUUGAUAAUUGGCUACGAAGUGAAUUCAAGCAGUUCACUAUCGCCACUACAACCGCAACCACAAUCAUCAUCAUCAGCAGCAGCAGCAGCAGUAGAAGCAGCAUCAUCGUUGUCAUCGUCAUUCAAAAAGAAAUACUCUAGUGACGGCAACUUACUCAGUGUGUCACAAAUCACCGUACACAAAGUCUUCAAUCUUAAUGACGUCAUCCACGCUAUGACGUCAUCAAAGAGCCUAACAACAACAACAAGUUGCACUCCUAAUAUCGCUAAAUGUGUUUACGUCUGCCAGCUAACGGCUGGUUGCGUCUUAGCAGCCAUUGGAAAAUUUGGCGUCAGCUGCUAUUUAUACAAAGAUGACAAAAGUUUAACCAAGCUGUCGAAUGGAGAUUUUGUGCUGAAGAAUUAUGAAGCUAGGGCUGAUCUUAGCAUGUUCCCAGACAAUCAUGAAAGCAAGCUUGGAGCGCUAUUGUAG